AAUGAGAGCCAGCCGAGUUUCUAAGUAGCAAACCACCCAGCCUUGUGGUCAGAUAAACAUUUAAAUUCUCUGGAUUGGAUUAAAAAUGUUGGUACUCACUUCUCCAAGAGGAAAGUCAGAAGUGGUUCAUUGCCGAAGAACAGAAUCGCACGAUGUUUAUUGUAUCAAAAGCCUCAUGAGAAAAUUUACCCAGAAGCUGUUUGGGAGGCUUAAUGUCAUCUAUCUUCUAGAAAAGGCAAACCUGGCCGUUACUCUCUGCAAUGACAAGGAAGAGAUCAUGGCCCAGGCGACCUUUGUGGAUUAUCCCAACUGGAACGUUGCCAAGCAAGACGACUGGGUGUCAUUGUUCCGGGAGCUUGACAGUAAAAUCCCGUGCACACCCCUAAACACGCUGUUCAUGCACCUCUUUGUGGCUGUCGACGAGUAUUCCAUUGGCUGCUGCAAAGAGAUUAUUCGGACCGUGUUUAAGGCGGUGCCAGAACUGCACUUCAUCUUUCUCAUAGUGCCGGCCUACAUGAGCUUAGGCUCAACUCUCAUAACUGUCUUUACCCAAGUGGGGAGCAUCCCCAACCUGACAUUUGAGGAGGACUUCGCAGUGUACAUAUGUCACCGGCACAACCAUUACCCUCAGCUGCAUAUCCGCAGAGCCAGGGUGGAAGAUCAUGACGACCUCAUGCCAAUAUUUAUGCACCACGACACAAUUCUGAGAGAGACUUAUGGUGAAUACUUCCUGGCGGAGCUAAUAGAGGCCCAAGACGAAGAGAAUCAUGCUGUCGUGUGUGAGGUGGAAGGCAUAGCCGUUGGGUUCAUGAGUGUGUGCUCGAGAGUGAACAUGGAACUCCUGCACAAGUGCUUCGACCUGGGCCCUUUCCACGGACUCUGCAGCCCACAUCCUGAAGAUGUUCCGGAACCAUCAAGAGAGCUAAGUGAUCAAGGAAGUGAAGAUACUGCACUCAGGACUGGCAGCCAGGUUUCCCAAACUCUUGAGGAGCUGCAGGAACCUGAUUCCCCAGAAGCCAAAGAAAGCAUCCAGGCAAAACCCGUGGAAGAAGCUGUGACCGAGGAACUUUUAUCAGUGGUUCAAAGUGGCUAUGCUAGUGAAGUGGAGAACAUGGAAAAGCUCAGCGAAGUUUCCAUUGCAGAGGUGAUAGAUUACGAUGUCAACACUGAGGGUUCGGUGUCCACUUUACUGCCUGAGAAGAAGGGCAACUUCCGCCCCAGCUAUAGGGGAACGCCAGCUGCGUUCUGUAUUCAGCUGUUUUGUAUUGAGGAGAAAUAUGAAGCCAGGUCGCUGGACUUUAUGAAUUUUGUUUUCAGUCUUUUUCCUGACAAGAACUUCUGCAUCAUUUCUCUGCCCCAUCUCACCCCCGAGUUUGUCCUCAUCCAGAACUUUGUGAAGGCUAUCCCCUUCAACAACUGCACCCUCGAACAAGAUCUCUAUGUAUUCCACCGGGCAGGACUGCUCAAGUCCAUUAAUAUAAGAUUAGCCACUAACUUGGAUACCCCUGGUGUUGAAAAUCUCGUCAGUACUCUUAUGCUGAAUAAAAGCAUCUUGAAUGAUUUAAACCAAUAUAAUGCAGCUCACAGAGACCCUGAUGGCACGUCACUGCAGGCGUUUGUAGCCGAAGUUGCAGAACAAAUAGUUGGCAUUGCAGUGAUCAGAAAUGAAAUGGACAUCGAGUACAUACGAUCCCAUUACAACAUCGAGGACUUCAUCUACUUCAGUCACCACCAGCGCGAGGAACAUGGGCACUUGUACCACUUCGCCCUGAACCCCAUUUUCCGCCACUACACCAAAUUCUUCCUGAAGGAGAUCCUUCGUUUAGGCUUUAAGUCCUGUCUCUACUACCCGGUUUAUCCGCACCUCAGGGAAGGCAAGUUCCAGAAUCCCUACGCCCACUCCCUGACAUCUGCCCUUCAUUACUUGGUUCCCGUGCGGCCACGACGACAGAUUGUCUAUCCUUUGGAAAAGCUUGGCAUCAACGCCCCAUCAAAGGAGGUCUCCAAGGACCCGUUGAGUUUCGCCUUGAAUCACACAAACAGAAAACUAACGUUGGAACCUAAAAUAACUGUCAGUGCCAAGAUUGUUGUGGUAGGUGCAUCCAAUGUCGGAAUUUCCUUUCUGGAAACAUUGGUAUUUUGCCCUCAUCUGAAGUUCAGUAACCUGACCCUGAUUUCAACCCAUGGACUCCCAGGAAAAAACCUCCUGGGCACUGAACAAAGGAGGUUUUUAGCAAGCGACCACUGUUUUAAUGAUAAAGAUUAUGCGCUGAUGUCACUUUGCUCCUGGGUGAACGUUGUGGUCGGUCGGAUGACGGGCAUCGACCGAGCGGCCAAGCACGUUGUGGUUUCUGAGGAAGAAAUUGUGCCGUACGACCACCUCAUCCUCUGUACCGGGCAGCAGUACCAGGUUCCGUGCCCUACGGGAGCCGAUAUUACAAAACACCUGACAAACAGAGAGAUUCCAGACAACAGUAAGCAGCAAUACACUGGUAAAGUUCCUUGCAAUCAUUUCACUCUCAACGAUGAAGAAGAUUGCUUUAAGGCACUGACUUGGAUAAAAAACAACUCCAUCACUACUGAAGGGAAUGUCAUUGUCUACGGGAAUACAAUUGAUGUCUACACUACAGUGGAAAUGCUCUUACACAUUGGCGUGAGAGGCUCUAGCAUCCACCUCGUGCACCCCCCACCCACUUCCAACAUCACCUGUAUCAACAACUACUCGGUGGAAAACGCGGUGGAGAAUGCACUUCGAGAGGCAGGAGUUACCAUUUACCGGGAUGCGCUUCUGGCGCAGUGGAACAAUGGGGAGUCCCCCGACCCCAUCCAAAGCGCCAGCUUCACCACACCCACCAAGCCCUUCCGACUACAGUGCUCUAUGUUCUUCAGCUUCUGUGAAAAGAACGUGGAUUAUGAAACUUUUAAAGCAUUCAACGAUGCAUGUCUUGUCUAUGAUGGCCGACUAGUGAUUGAUACCAACUUCCACACCAACGACAUAGCCAUCAGGGCUGCUGGGUCGCUCACCAAGUUCUCCAACCGAUAUUAUUCAAAGGACUGGACACACAGCAGCUUCAGUUCCAAAGAAAUCGGCUUUCAGCUUGCAGCAGCCAUGCUCAAUCUCUUUGAUCCAACCCUUGAGCCUGUGACUGAACCACCAGCUGACCUUGAUCGACUCAUCCCCAUGUACAAGGGAGCCAAGAUCCAAGGAGGCAUUCUUCCCGGGCAUUACCAUUAUCUGCACAUUGCCAAGCCUGCCAUUCCAACUCCCUUGGAAGUACAAAUGGCUCAGCCUGAUUCCGGUAUAGAAAUAGUUACAGGUAAUGCACAAGAUGGGAACUACUUCAGAAUUCAUGUUAACAAGUACAAGAUGGUGGAAACCAUCACGUGCCUCUCUAAGGAGCCCUUCCCGGCCUCCAACUACAUUUGCUUGUUUGGGCAGCACGAGCAAGUCCUCAACAACCUGUGCGAGCGCUACGACACCAGCCUGAUCUCGGAUCUCUACAGCUACUUCUCGGAGUCGUGGUGUAUGGCCCUCUUUCACGAUCGUUUUAUUGAUCUCAGGAAAGAGUUACGCCAAAUCUUAGCCUCCAAGGAGGAGGAAGACUUGCCUACCAUAGAAAAGUUGGCCCAUCAGAUAGAAGAUGAGGAAAUAAGCCUGAAUGAGAAACCCAGAAAAUACCUCCAAAGAGUUUUCCAGGAAACCAUCUAUAAAACCCUGGUGGAGAAGAGUAUCCUUGACUAUCUGCACUAUAACCACUACCACCUGCCCAUGUACGCGUGGCCAGGCAUCAUUUAGUUGUGACCACAGUCUCCCCUUUAUUUUCCCCCCAUCCAUUUAGUUCCUGGAAGUGCUCUGUAUAAACAGGAAGCGUCUCUGAAGUUUUGGUCCUUUCUUCCUAACCCGGCUGAUGCCUGUAGUUUUCGAUUCUUCCAGUAGGUGGCGCGGGGCCACGCGUCUCUCUCCCGGGGCAGGGAGCCGCUCUUCAAAUCCCCAGAGCUGAUGCUGUGCAGAUUAAUAAUCCAUUUCAGCAAUAAAGUGAGA